AAGUCCAUAGUUGUCUGCUUCUUGUGACAGAACAGAACACAAAACCUUGAGUAUAGAUCAAUUAUUUUGCUCCAGUUUUGUUUCGUAGUUGCAAUUUUAAAACGUAUUAUAGUUUUUUCCUCAGGAAUUUGAUCUUGAAUUGUUGUUUCAAAGCCUUGCCAUUGCAGGAAUCAAAGUGAGUUCUGAUUUGUGCGAUUCUCUUUCUUUAAAAAUGGCUGCAAACCUUGAUGAAGAACAGAGCCUACGCGAAUGUGAAGCUUACGUACAAAAGUACAAUAUUCAACAAGUAUUAAAAGAUUGUAUUGUCCAGCUAUGUGUGAGUCGUCCCGACAAUCCCAUCUCGUUUCUGAGAGAAUACUUCCAAAAACUUGAAAGGGAGCAAGCACACGAUGCGAAGCAGCAGCUGUUGCAGUCACCCGAGGACACGGAGGACCUGUCCCCUCUGCCCUCCCAGGCGCAGCGACCCGUGCAGCGGCGGGGAGGCAUCUCGGCCGAGCCCGUCACCGAGGAGGACGCCACCAGCUAUGUCAAAAAGGUGGUUCCAAAAGACUACAAAACGAUGGCCGCCCUCUCGAAAGCAAUCGCCAAGAAUGUGCUGUUCUCCCACCUGGAUGAGAACGAGAGAUCGGACAUCUUCGAUGCCAUGUUUCCCGUCAACUUCCUCCCCGGCGAGGCGAUCAUCCAGCAGGGUGAUGAGGGAGACAACUUCUACGUCAUCGAUCAGGGAGAAGUUGAGGUUUACGUAAACACAGAGCUGGUGACGACGAUUGGUGAAGGCGGCAGCUUCGGCGAGUUGGCGCUGAUCUACGGCACGCCGCGUGCCGCCACAGUGAAGGCCAAGACCGACGUGAAGAUGUGGGGCAUCGACCGCGACUCCUACCGCCGCAUCCUCAUGGGCUCAACCAUCCGCAAGCGCAAGAUGUACGAGGAGUUCCUGUCCAGGGUCUCCAUUCUCGAAAGCCUGGACAAGUGGGAGCGACUGACGGUGGCGGACGCCCUGGAGCCGGUGUCGUUCGACGACACAGAGACGAUUGUGCGCCAGGGGGAGCCGGGUGACGACUUCUACAUCAUCGUCGAGGGCACCGCCCUUGUGCUGCAGUACCGAGCUGAGGGGGAGGAACCCACCGAGGUCGGCCGGCUCGGGCCCUCCGACUAUUUUGGUGAAAUUGCCUUAUUACUGGACAGACCAAGAGCUGCAACAGUGACUGCAAAGGGACCCCUCAGGUGCGUCAAGCUGGACAGAGCAAGAUUUGAACGUGUGCUUGGUCCAUGUGCAGAUAUUUUGAAGAGGAACAUCACACAAUACAAUAGUUUUGUAUCGCUUUCUGUCUAGUCAUCACUUGCACUCAAGAAUCAGACUGCCUGCCAUGUGUGAAAAAUGUAUGCUAGAAUAAAAAAGUGAUUAGAAAGUGUGAGGUGAUGAUCGCGGAAAAAUAGAAGGAGAAGAGCCGCAAAGAAGAAGAAGAAGACAAAGGCAGUGCUGGUGCUGUGAGGGCAAUGUUUUGUCAUAGCGCAGCUAGCAGUGUACAUUAGCAGUAUUGUGCCAAUGAAUUUAUUGUAAAUUACCUUCCAAAAUGUAUUCAAGAGAAACUUGGACACAUCUCCAAGAGUGAUAACCACUUAGCCACAAACUUACUCUACCAUUAAGACUGUCAACUAUUUGCUAGCCACAAUUUUUUAUUUAUCAAGACGUAAAAACGAGACGAACUUUCAUAUCUGCAUGUUAAUUUUUUAAAUUGACUUCAUUGUUGGGUAGAAAAACCAAAUAUUUAUUGCUUUAUUUUGAUGGAAAAAUAAUGUUAAUUUUUGCUGUUGGUACUGAAAAGUCAUCAACAACAAAUUUUAUAUUUCGACAUUCGUAUUCAUUCAACAAAUCUUAAUGCAUGGCUUAUUUGAAUUUGAUAUUCUGCUACACUAGGCUACUGGAUUAGUUUAAUAUUAUGUUCAUAUUAAGGAUAGUUUAUUUCCAGUAUUUCAAUAUUUUCCCCGUAAACUAUUCCAAAUAUGAUUGUAGUAAAAGAAAGGUUAUACAAAAUGGAUAUAUGUUUUUUAUUUGUGGCAUAAUGGAGACAACUAUGAAGGUUUCAUUCUGCCCCUCAAUUCCAAAAACGUUUUUUGAAUCAGUUAUAGACUUGAACCAUCUACUUGGUAUGAGAAUUCUUUCAUUCUCAGCAAUCGAUGUUACCCAAUCAUUAUAAUCUUAUUUUUCAAUAUUUGUCACAGCCGAUCUUCUCUAUAGAUUUGAUUGUUUCCUCUGUGUUGGAACAAUUCGGAUGUGUUUUUAUAGUGUUGGAACAUUUGAACUUUCUAUAAGUUUUCAAUGUUACUUUCCUUUACAGAUUUUCAUUUUUAAUCGACAUGAAUAAAUCAAGAGGAUUGUUUAGCUGUAUUGUAGAGAAUGAUGUAACCGAGUAUAGCAAGUAUUGUACUAAAAAAGAUUGUAAAAAAGUAGAAUAUGUAAAUAUUAUAUCAGUAAUAAAAAAGUAGUGGGAAUCAGAGUAUGUGCCUCAACUAUUUGGAUUGCUAUCGAGGAAGAUUUUUAUGAAUUUGAAAUGCGUUGCAAGCAAAGUAAAUAGGAACUACUUGUACUGUCAGAUGAAGACUACUAAAGAUAUUACAAAUUAACUCACCUAUAUUUCUGUAAUAAUAUUAUUAAGGUAGAAGUGAAGUUGAGCAAAAGUAUGUCCAUUUGUCUUUUCAUUGUCACAAAUGUAAUGAUCCACACAUAUUGGUUUGUCGUACGUAUACAAAAAUAAUUCAUUUGUAGAAUUUAGCUUCUCAUUAUCAUCUCAAGAGUAGUUAAUAAAAUCAUAUACUUGCGGUAUAUGUAAUUAAUAUUGAUAUUGAUUUGGAAUACAGGAUGGCACAUUAAUGUAACCGUGUUCAUUAAUAACACCGUAGAUUUUCUUAGAUUCUAUCAAGAUAUUCAACGUUAAUCUACUCACUUCCGGCAUUCUUCAUCAUUACUAGUCAUGAUUUCAAAUUAACACAUUUUUAAACAAUUGAUAAUUUUAUUAUUUGUUGAAAUUUUUUAUCAUUGUUGAAUACUUCGUCAGAUUGUUUUUAUUUCUUGUAGAUAUUUUAGUGAAACGAUAAUAGUAAGUAGGCUGCUACGAGGAUGUGGUGGGUUCGGAUGAGCUCCUUCAUUUACUAAUCACUGCAUUAGAACUAGUUGUUUCAACCUAGAAGUCUUGUAAAAGUGAUUAACCUCUGUUCUUGAAGUCACUUCAUCGACUAAAAGUCGUUCACUAUUAUGGAACUGUAUAUAAUCUUGAAAAUGUAAUACGUGUCAUCAAGGUAUUGGACGAUGAAAACAUAUAUUAUGUGCGAGCACUAAUGCAAGCAAGAAGUGAUUUAUGUCUUGUAUGGUUUUUAAUAACAUACUGUUGAAAUUUUCCAAA